CCUCUCGCUCUCUCUGUAUAUAUUAUAUAAAGUUUGCUUAGCAUAAUCAUCUUCUUCCUCCUAGAGUUCCGGUCAACUUCUUCAUUACUUUAAUUCUCCGCCAUCUCUCUCCUUCUCCAUCACCGGACUUUCUUCCCUCUUUAAAAACUUCUCUCACAAUUCCACCACAAAUCCAAAUUCCAAACCAUUAAUGGCUGCAACUACUACUACUCCAUCGCAAUCCCGGAGGUUAAUUCUCCGUUGACGCCAUCUGAACAGCCGAAGCCCAACGAAUCUUUCUUCCAAAUUCUCUAACCAUUGAGAAAUCCAAGAAAAAACUUCUGUUUAAUCUCAUCAAAUCCAGAGAGAGAUUGAAACUAAACUAAUUAAAUGGCAGCGGCUCAGAUGGUAGCGGAUGACCUAGCGAGAUCGAUGAGCCGGCGGAGUUGGGCGUCGGCGAGUCAAAGAAGCUGGGCGACGGCAAGCAUCAGAGAAGUAUGGCAGGCACAACCGGACGUGUUCAGCCGGAGCGGGCGGCAGGAGGACGAAGAGGAACUGAAAUGGGCGGCGCUCGAGCGGCUUCCAACCUACGACCGCCUCCGGAAAGGGAUGCUGAAGCACGUGCUGGAUAACGGCCGCGUGGUUCACGAUGAAGUCGACGUUACGAAGAUCGGAAUGCAGGAGAAACAGCAAUUAAUGGAGAGUAUGCUCAAAAUCAUCGAAGAGGAUAACGAAAAGUUCUUGAGACGUCUCAGAGAUCGUACUGAUAGAGUGGGAAUUGAGAUGCCGAAGAUAGAAGUUCGAUACGAGCAUUUAUCGGUGGAAGGUGAAUUGCACGUCGGCAGCAGAGCACUUCCCACUUUGCUCAAUGUUUUUCUCAAUAUUGCUGAGAGUGUGCUUGGAUUGGUUCGGCUGGCCCCAUCUAAGAAGAGAAAAAUCGAGAUUCUCAAAGAUAUUAGUGGCAUUGUCAAGCCCUCCAGGAUGACUCUUCUUCUGGGUCCUCCAAGUUCUGGAAAAACAACAUUUCUCCGUGCACUUGCAGGAAAACUGGAGAACAACUUGAAGGAAACAGGGAGAAUCACGUAUUGUGGGCACGAGUUUAAGGAGUUUGUUCCUCAAAGGACUUCUGCAUACAUCAGCCAACACGAUCUUCACAACUGGGAAAUGACAGUACGAGAGACAUUUGAUUUCUCAGGAAGAUCCCAAGGCGUUGGAACCAGGUAUGAAAUGUUAGAAGAACUUUCCAGAAGAGAAAAAGAAGCUGGAAUCAAACCUGACCCUGAAAUUGAUGCCUUCAUGAAAGCCAUUUCGGUUUCUGGCCAAAGAACCAACUUGUUCACUGAUUAUGUUCUCAAGAUAUUGGGAUUGGAUAUUUGUGCUGAUAUUAUUGUUGGCAAUGAGAUGAGGAGGGGGAUUUCUGGGGGGCAGAGAAAGCGUGUAACUACCGGGGAGAUGUUGGUUGGACCAGCAAAAGCACUGUUUAUGGAUGAAAUAUCAACUGGGUUAGACAGCUCCACAACUUUUCAGAUAUGCAAAUUCAUGAAGCAAAUGGUUCACAUAAUGGAUGUAACGAUGAUUAUUUCUCUGCUACAGCCAGCUCCAGAAACCUUUGAGCUUUUUGAUAAUGUAAUUUUACUUUCAGAGGGUGAGGUUGUGUACCAAGGCCCACGUGACAACGUCCUCGAGUUCUUUGAAUUCAUGGGUUUCAAAUGUCCAGACAGGAAAGGAGUAGCUGACUUUCUGCAAGAAGUCACAUCCAAAAAGGAUCAAGAACAAUACUGGUUUAGAAAGAGCCAACCUUACAGAUACAUUUCUGUCCCUGAAUUUAUACAAGGAUUCAAAAAAUUUCAUAUUGGGCAACGUCUUAGCACAGAACUCAGUGUUCCGUUUGACAAAAGGAGUACUCAUCCUGCUGCAUUGGUCACCCAAAAGUAUGGCUUGUCCAAUUGGCAACUCUUCAAGGCUCUUUUUUCAAGGGAGUGGCUUUUGAUGAAGCGUAACUCAUUCAUCUAUAUAUUCAAGACAGUCCAGAUAACGAUCAUGUCUUUAAUUACAAUGACAGUGUUCUUCAGAACACAAAUGAACCCGGGCACUUUAGAAGGUGGUGGCAAGUUUCUUGGAGCCCUGUUCUUCAGCUUAAUUAAUAUGAUGUUUAAUGGAAUGGCAGAACUAGCCUUGACCAUUACCAGGCUGCCUGUCUUCUAUAAGCAGAGGGAUUCUUUGUUUUUUCCUGGUUGGGCUUUUGGGUUGCCCAUUUGGGUACUCAGAAUUCCUUUAUCAUUGAUGGAAUCAGGCAUUUGGAUUGCCCUUACUUACUACACAAUUGGGUUUGCUCCGGCUGCCAGCAGGUUUUUCCGGCAAUUCUUAGCAUACUUUGGAAUCCAUCAAAUGGCUCUGUCCCUCUUUCGAUUCAUUGCUGCAGCUGGAAGAGUACAAGUUAUUGCAAGUACUAUGGGAAGUUUUACUCUAUUGAUUGUCUUUGUGUUAGGUGGCUUCAUCAUUGCCAAAGGUGACAUAGAGCCAUGGAUGAUAUGGGGCUACUACAUUUCUCCUAUGAUGUAUGGACAAAAUGCAAUUGUCAUUAAUGAGUUCUUGGACGAUAGAUGGAAUAAGCCUUCUACAGAACCCUUAUUAAGAGGAACUACAGUUGGGAAGGUUAUCCUUGCUUCAAGAGACUUUUACAAUACUAAUAAAAUGUAUUGGAUUUGUGUUGGAGCACUAUUUGCGUUCUCUUUUCUUUUCAACAUACUGUUCAUCCUUGCAUUGACUUUCCUCAGUCCUUUGGGCGAUUCAAGAUCUGCCAUUGCUGAUGAGGCAAAUGAUAAGAAAAAUAAUCCAUAUUCUGCAUCCAGAGGUAUUCAAAUGCAACCUAUAAAGUCUUCAAAUGUAGCAAACAAUUCAAAUAGUACAGAAAAGAAAGGAAUGGUUUUGCCCUUUCAGCCGCUUUCCCUUGCAUUUAACCAUGUCAACUACUAUGUAGAUAUGCCUGCUGAAAUGAAGAGUCAAGGGAUUGAUGAAGAUCGUCUUCAAUUACUGCGAGAUGUCAGUGGAGCUUUCAAACCUGGUGUCUUGACAGCACUUGUAGGUGUAAGUGGGGCUGGAAAGACCACUCUAAUGGACGUUUUAGCAGGAAGAAAGACAGGAGGAUACAUUGAGGGAAGCAUCAAUAUAUCUGGUUACCCGAAGAAUCAAGAAACAUUUGCCCGAGUUUCUGGUUACUGUGAACAAAAUGACAUUCAUUCACCACAUCUUACUGUCUACGAAUCGGUGCUAUAUUCAGCAUGGCUCCGCCUCCCUUCCAGUGUCAACACAGAUACAAGAAAGAUGUUUGUCGAAGAAGUUAUGGACCUGGUGGAACUUAACCCUCUUAGAGAAGCUUUAGUUGGACUUCCUGGUAUAGAUGGUCUUUCAACAGAACAAAGGAAGAGGUUAACUAUAGCUGUAGAGCUGGUGGCCAAUCCAUCUAUCAUCUUCAUGGAUGAACCAACAUCUGGUCUUGAUGCUAGAGCUGCAGCCAUUGUUAUGCGCACAGUGAGAAACACAGUCGAUACUGGGAGAACUGUAGUCUGCACAAUUCACCAGCCCAGCAUAGAUAUUUUUGAAUCUUUUGAUGAGCUGUUCUUGAUGAAACGUGGUGGACAAGUCAUUUAUGCUGGAUCUCUUGGUCAUCAGUCUCACAGGCUCAUCGAAUAUUUUGAAAGUGUUCCGGGGGUUCCAAAGAUCAAAGAUGGCUACAAUCCUGCUACUUGGAUGCUUGAGGUCACAGCUUCAUCUGUUGAGAGUCAACUUGAUGUGGAUUUUGCAGACAUUUAUGCCAACUCUGCACUCUAUCAGAGAAAUCAAGAACUUAUUACAGAACUCAGUGUUCCACCUCCCGGAUCUCAAGACCUCCACUUCCCAACCAAGUAUUCCCAAUCAUUCAAUGUUCAGUUCAAAGCUUGUUUUUGGAAAUGGUAUCGAUCAUACUGGAGAAACCCUCGAUACAAUGCCGUGCGGUUCUUCAUGACAGUCAUUAUUGGACUUCUGUUUGGCCUUAUCUUUUGGAACAAAGGAGAAAAAACUGAUAAAGAACAAGAUCUGAGGAACUUCUUGGGUGCUAUGUAUGCUGCUAUUCUGUUUUUGGGAGCCAGUAAUGCAUCUGCAAUACAGCCAGUUGUUUCCAUAGAGAGAACAGUUUUCUACCGUGAAAGAGCUGCUGGCAUGUACUCUCCAUUGCCCUAUGCAUUUUCUCAGGUGUCCAUAGAAGUAAUCUACAAUGCAAUUCAAACAAUAAUUUACUCUCUUCUACUUUUCUCCAUGAUGGGGUUCCACUGGAAGGCAUCAAAUUUCCUGUGGUUCUACUACUUCAUUUUGAUGUGUUUUGUGUACUUCACAAUGUUUGGGAUGAUGAUCAUCGCAUUGACUCCAGGCCCCCAAAUAGCAGCCAUAGCCAUGUCCUUCUUCCUCAGCUUUUGGAACUUGUUCUCUGGAUUCAUGGUUCCAAGACCACAAAUCCCAAUAUGGUGGAGGUGGUAUUACUGGCUAUCUCCAAUUGCUUGGACAAUCAAUGGGUUAGUGACAUCUCAAGUAGGAAACAAAGGAGGUAAUCUUCAUGUAGCAGGGGGAGUGGAUAUCCCAGUCAAAACUUUCCUCAAAGAUACAUUUGGGUUUGAAUAUGAUUUUCUCCCAUACAUUGCUUUGGCUCACUUUGGUUGGGUCUUCCUCUACUUCUUUGUCUUUGCUUAUAGCAUGAAGUUCCUCAACUUCCAAAAGAGAUAAUUUUUCUUUUUCUCAUUACAGAACUGUCGACUAAUCUCAAAUCUCUAUUUGGGGAAGCCAAAUGAGUUGCUUCUCUAUUCUUUGUAUUAUUUUUUCCCCAACUUUCUGAGGGUUCUUUCAGUAUAAAGUAUAGUAUCCACACACUUGUAGUAGUAGAUUUUUUUUUCAAUUUAGAAAUAAUCAGUGUAUUGUUGUUUUAUAUAAUUUUUUUUUUUUUUUUUGAGUUGGAAAAGAUUGAUUGAUGAUUAUAUACCAUAUGUAUGGCACAAUCUUGUGCCAUGUGCGUGUUGUAUCUAAUAAGUUGUUAAACUUUUAAUUUUAUAAUAAAUU